AUGUCUGCCUCAAAGUUCACCGAAAUCAUGGAUCCUCAGUUCCACUGUACAUCUCCAAAUUCGGAUGUACGGUUGGAGGACAUCCUUGCAGCAACCGAAUCCCAUAGCCGUGGCCGAACACCCUCAGAGACCAGUAGCAAUGCUUCUGGUGAGAGCCGCCAGAAUAGUGGCGAGCGUACCGAGAACAAAACGAAGCAGCGUCUAUCGCGCCUCUUGUCCAUCAAGAAGUAG